AUGCGGGUGUCAGACCUGGCACCGGCCCUGGCGCACAGUAGACUUAAGUCAACAGCUUUUCCUAUGCGGAGGCCUGGUGUCAGGCCUGAGAGCAAAGAGGCGCUGAUCCAGGCCCUGGGGGAGCCGGGGCCCUACCUGCUGGCUGCAGACGGCUCCCUGGACAAGGGGGAGUCCUUCGGCGGCCGAGGGGAGCUGGCCGAGCUGCCCAAUGGGCUGGGGGAGGCGAGAGGCUCUGAGGAUGAGACGGACGACGACGGGGAAGACUUCACGCCGCCCAUCCUCAAGGAGCUGGAGAACCUCAGCCCCGAGGAGGCGGCCCACCAGAAGGCCGUGGUGGAGAGCCUGCUGCAGUAA